GUUUGUGACGCUAAUCACGUUUACUUAUCAAAAUCGAUAAGUUACAAGUCGACGUGCCAACAAAAUUGAAAUUCAAAGUUCUAACCUCUCUUAAGAAGAAAACAAUUAUUUUCAAUCAAUUUCGAUGAAGUGAGUAGAUUAGAAAUAUCAUUUUCAUAUUAAAUCUCAAGCGAAGAAUCUUUACGAUCGAAGUCACACCUUCGACCUGAAUCAAUCGCCGUUGAUCGAUCAUCGAGGACUCCCGUGACACUGAUAUUUAACGAAUAUCUGAUAUGGACGUGGAUAUGAGCGAUAGCAAUGCCACCAACGAAGAAUGUAACACGAAUACCCAACGAUUGAUCGCCGAAAGUGGUGGUCGAUGUAUGAGUACUCAAGCGAUGCAAUCGCUUUACGAUUUUCGUCAGAAUAAUCUAUUAUGCGACGCCGUAUUGAGAUUAGAAGAUGGCGGAGUAUUUCCAAUACACCGUGCGAUCCUGUCCGCUUGCAGUACGUAUUUCAGAGCACUAUUCACAACCACAUUACACUCUCGAGAAAAGACCGAUAUACUUUUGCCAGGUGUUACCAGCGAGAUGAUGAAUUUGUUAUUGGAAUAUGCUUAUCUUCGUUCGCUGGACGUUAAUCGAGAUAACGUUUGCGAGUUAUUGGUUACGGCCGAUUAUUUAAGUAUUCUCGGUGUCCUUGAGAUUUGUUGCGAAUUCCUUCGACAAAAUUUAGCACCGGAGAACUGUAUCGGUAUAAUGAGAUUCGCCCGGGAACACUUUUGCAAGGGUUUGGAAAACGACGCAUAUCGUUACGUCAUGAGACAUUUCGUUCAGGUAGCUCAGAAAAGCAAUGAGAUACUUGAUUUACCGAUCGAAGAGCUCUCGAGAUUGAUAGGCGCCGACGAGUUAAACGUAAAGAGCGAAGAGACGGUAUGGGAGCUUGUACUUAAAUGGAUCAAUCACGAUCCAGAUGCUAGAAAGGGUCACAUAGUCGAGUUGAUGCAAAACAUACGUUUGGGCCUUUUGAACACGCAAUUCUUUUUGGAGAACGUUAAGGAUCAUUCAUACGUCGUUGGAAACGAUGCCUGUCGACCGAUCAUCAUAGAGACGCUCAAGUUUUUAUACGACUUGGAAAUGAUCACGCAAAAGGACGGAGAAAUUCCAACGCCAGAAAUAGCACGUCCGAGAGUUCCGCAUGAAAUUCUUUUCGCGAUAGGCGGAUGGAGCGGCGGAAAUGCUACGAAUUUUAUCGAAACUUAUGACACCAGGGCGGAUCGUUGGGUCAAGGUCGAAGAAGUAGAUCCAAGUGGUCCACGAGCUUAUCACGGAACCGCGGUAGUCGGUUUCAAUAUAUACGUGAUCGGUGGUUUCAACGGUUUGGAUUAUUUCAACAGCUGUCGUUGCUUCAAUGCAGUGACCAAAGUCUGGCGAGAGGUUGCACCCAUGAAUGCCAGAAGAUGUUAUGUCAGCGUGGCUGUAUUGAACGAUUUGGUUUAUGCUAUGGGUGGAUACGAUGGAUACCAUAGACAGAAUACCGCCGAACGAUAUAAUUAUCGAACGAAUCAAUGGUCCUUGAUCGCGCCGAUGAACGUUCAGAGAUCUGACGCAAGUGCGACUACUUUGAACGACAAAAUCUAUAUUACCGGUGGUUUCAAUGGACACGAGUGUAUCAAUUCGGCUGAAGUUUACGAUCCAGAAACGAAUCAAUGGACGAUGAUCGCUGCAAUGAGAUCUCGUAGAAGCGGAGUAUCCUGUAUAGCUUAUCACGGCUAUGUAUACGUUAUAGGGGGUUUCAAUGGGAUAUCAAGAAUGUGUACCGGCGAAAAAUAUAAUCCUACUACUAACACUUGGAGUCCUAUACCAGACAUGUACAAUCCUCGUAGUAAUUUUGCCAUUGAAGUUAUCGAUGACAUGAUUUUUUCAAUCGGUGGAUAUAACGGUGUAACAACGAUUUAUCAGGUUGAGUGUUACGACGAAAAAACCAACGAGUGGUAUGAAGCUACCGACAUGAACAUAUAUCGAUCAGCUUUGUCCGUAUGCGUUAUUAUGGGAUUACCAAAUGUUUACGAUUACAUUCAUAAACAUCGUGAAAGACUGAUGGAAGAAAAACGACAAAAAUUAUUGGCCCUAGAAGUUCAUCGUACUCAGCAUCAACAGCAACAGCAACAACAGCAACAACAACAGCAGCAACAACAACAACAACAACAACAACAACAACAGCAGCAGCAGCAUGAGCAUAUACAUCAACAAAAUCAACAGAUGCUACUUAAUAUACCAUCGCCACCACCGAUGCCACAAAACAAUGAUGAAAAUAAUAACAAUCGAUCGAACGAAUGAAACAGAUUGGUGGAUCUCCAUCAUCAGCAAUGAUAAAUUAACACGAUUGGACGGACCGAUAAUGAUAACUACCGAAUGAAACAUGCCUGAGUGAUUCUAUUAUCUGAAAAAGGAAAAAAAGAAAAAAAAAAAAAAAACGAAAAAAAGGGGGGACCGAAAUUUUUGGGGAUUAAUUUUUCGACGCGCAUCGAGAUUUUAGAAAAAAGGGUAACAUUUGAUAUCACAUUUUUUUGGAAAUACCACUUAUAUUCUUCUUAUCUUUGAUAGAUAUAAUAGUCUUUAUUAUCUCUUUUUUUUAUAAAUUUAUAUUUCUUUCUAUUAAUUACAUUUACAAUUUUAUAUAGAAGUAUUUACAAUGGAAAUUCAUGCGAUUUCAUUUAUUUUCUUCUAUGCGAAAGAAAUUUUGUCUCUGUUGAAUUUUUAUAUUUUUUUUCUUUUGCUAUAUUAUGAAUAUUAUUUAUUGUAAGUGACUGACGAAAUAAUGAUUACUUAUGCUAUCUAAAAAAAAUGUUAGAAACGAAUGGGUAUAUGGGAUUAGAGACAUAUUCAAAAAUAUGAAAGGAUUAGCUACAAAUUGUGUCCGUUAUCAACGUCAAAAAAAAAUUUUGGCGGUAACGUAAAACAAAAAAAAAAAAAAUUCAAAAGUUAAAUAAAUAAAAAGUUAAUAUAUUUAUUCAGACUCAUAUAUAU